AGCACCUAGCGAGGAGGUGCAACGCAAAAGAAGUGUAGGAAGUACUCUAAGACUGAAGCUUUUUUCUUGAAAGUUAAAAUAACCCGCCAAGGUGGAAGUAAGUACUUAUACGUAUUUUUCUGAAGAAAAUCCAAGAGAUACCGAAGAGUAAGACAUUAUACCCUUCCCUGGUACUUGUACUUGCGACUUCAAUCGAUAAAGACUAAAUAUCAAAUCUGCGUGAAACAGUAAAGGCCUCUGCACCACUUAACACGACCCCCGCCGAGUUCAGCAUGUCGUCGUCGUCCCGAAGCAAGCAGGCGAUUGACGCAUGCGGCGGUAACAUGCAGAAGGUGCUGGAGCAGCUGGACAACCUGCAGCGGACCACGGAGUACGAUAGCGAGAGCCUCUCGGCCCUCAAGCGGUACUGCGCCGCGAGCGUGAUAAAGAAGAACAGCCCCGACGUGUACCAGUGCAGCGAGCCGUUUUUCAAGAUGAUGCUUUCAACGGCGAUGCUUUACCAACAGAUGGGACAAAAGUCCCAGGUGGACACCAUUUGGAAGACUAUGAUCAAAUACCGGGUUGGAAAAAACAUUGCGCAGAUGUACAUCGAGAAGGCGAAUUGGGACCACAGCCGGGGGAACACCAAGGCAGCGAUUGCGGGGUUGAAAAACGCCGAUCUGUUGCCGAGCGACGUGCAGGGGAAGGAAAUGGUACAUACUUUGCUGUAUUUUUACUUUUAGCCCCGCUGGGUCCACGCUUCUUGUUCCAAUAGAAUUUUGUUCGCUAGUACUAUGCCGGCGCUCAACCAUUACGGUGACAGUCUAGCAACGUGAUCUAAUGCCCCCUCGUCGCACUUGUGAUGUUUUGCCGGUGCUAAAAAUUACAGAUCGCCAAGCAGCUGCAAUUUUUUCUGGAGAGCCGAGAGUUCAAUGCUGGCACGGACCACAAUCCCGGGCAAGUGCAGCAACAGGUGCACAACGAUGCGCCAUCCAGCUCAAAAAACUACGCGUAUGGCGGUACAUCUUCGCACGAGGCAAACAAAUUUGGGCCUGCUUCAUCUUCCGCGUCAACAAACUUCAAUCCCGCGACUGCGGCAGAGAAACAGAAACACCAGGACAUCGCGCAGACACCGAAGAGCAUGCAGAACGGGACUCCGAUGACGGGGCUGACAAACGUGUUGAAUCAGGGGUUGGCAAAAUCGGUCGAGCCGGGAGGACAUGUGAUGCAGUCCAAGCUGUUGAACAUGAACGACAGUGCGGACCGGAAUGUGUUUGGCUCGGCCCGGCGCACCAUUGACAAGUCGCUCGCGCAAUUCGGUGGCCAGAACCUGCGCUCCGCGCAGCGCAUGCUGCCAACCACUACUGUUGGGGCAAGCGCUCGAGACCGCAGUCUGGACCGGAGUCAGGAACUGUUUGGGCCGUCUGGAGGCGGCGGUAGCGCGUCAUCCGCGGGGAUGACGCUGCACCACAAAGGCUCGUCUUCCUCCGCAUCGACCGGCAACAACCUGCAGCAAGUCCUCGCGCCGAACAACCGCAGCAACAGCAACGAGCGGUCCUCGAUGCAGACCGGGAGUUCCUCUGUGCUGCGGAGCAACAGUGGCGAGCGGUCGCUUUCCGGGGGCCGCAGUAUGAACAUACCAUCCUUCAACCUGGGUGGCGGGAGUGGGAAUGCCGCCGGGGGGACGGUCGUGUCCUCUACAUCAAAUGGCGGUAGUCACGUUUUGCGAAAUGGGCAGCAGCAACCGGCUUCAAGCAGUUCCUUGAGCCAGGUUCCUCCAGACAGCGCGCACAUGAUGCAGCAGGGUGGGUUAAGCCCCCGGGUGAGAGGUGGAUUCAAUCCGUCCAGUUCUUCGUCCUCGAACAACUUUCUCGGUGGAGGUGGAAACAAUGCAAUACACAACAAUCCGGGGUCCGGGUCGAAGCAGCCGGCGUCGCAAAUCAGACCGCCGAGCCCGAGCGGGUCGCUUUUCGGCGGCGACCAACCGGGAUCAGGAUCGAAGAAUGGCACGCAUAAACCGCCGCCGGGCUACCAGUCGCCCGUCAAGCCCUCGGCUGCGAAGAAAUCUGUUUCGUUUCUCGGCCCGCCGCUGCGGGGUGCCUUGCGCACGAUAGACCAGCACAACUCCGGGGAACAGGAGCAGGAAGAAAGGAAAAGGCAAUACGAACUUGAGGAGCGGAAGCGCCUGGAACAGGAGGAGCUGAUGCGACGACAAUCGGUCUCCAUGAUGUUGUGCGAUUCCACGGCCAACAGCCACAACUUGUCGCCGAUUUUGGAAGAAGAAAACCGCAGCAGUAGCGGUUCGAACAAAAACAAGGAAAACGAGAAUGACCAGAAGUUGAAGCACAAGCACCACCAUUCCAAUUCCGACUCCCUGUUCGGCCCCGGCGGCAGCACCGGGGGGAACGAGAGUCUGGACCACGUUCCUUCACCGCAGCGCAACAAGAGCCCGGCGAGCCGGACGGCGAAUAGCAACCAAUCGCAUCAUGGACAUCAAAAUCAACAGCUGAGUUCUGGUGGUGCGCAGCAGCAGCAAAACCAAAGCCAAAGUCAGCACCAGUCGAAUGGCCAGGGACGGAUGAAUGCGAGUGUGUCCUCUUCCGCCGCGAAGCCGAAAUCCUUGAUCAGCAGCGCAAGCGAUGAGCAGACUGAGCCGUCCGACAACAUCAAGAUUGUCGACGGCCACAAAGUCCUCUACGUAAACGACACGGCGUACCGAAAGAUCGGCGUAGUUGGCCGCGGCGGCAGUUCCAAGGUGUUCAAAGUUGUGGACCCGAAGACGAACAAGACGCUCGCGCUGAAACGAGUGCUGACCAGCAACCCCACACAGUUUUUGCUGUUCAAGAACGAAGUGAACUUGUUGGAGAAACUGAAGGGGAAGCCAAACAUCAUCCAGAUUGUGGACAGUGAAAUCAUCAAGCAAGAGAAGCUACUGGUGUUGAUGGAGUACGGCGACUCCGAUUUCUCCAGAUUCCUGCAAUCCGAGCCGGACCUGGACUACCCAGAUAUCAAGCGGUUUUGGCGGCAGAUGCUUGAGGCCGUGCAGGUCGUGCACGACGAGCGCAUCGUGCACAGCGACUUGAAACCCGCGAACUUUCUCCUGGUGCGGAACCAGCUGCAGCUGAUCGAUUUCGGCAUUGCGAAGGCGAUCCCGAACAACGACACCACCAAUAUCCAGCGCGACCACCAGAUCGGCACGCUCAGUUACAUGGCACCCGAAGCGGUGUGCCAAGCGCAUACCGGGCCGGUAAAUGAAUGUUGGAAGUCAUUUGUUUCUUUCGUGAAUGUUGAAAUUUCCUCGAGCCGUGUGCGCCCUCUGAAAGAAUAGGUACCUAGAAUUAGAAAAAAAAAUAUUUCGCACGAAAUCUUCACGACGACCAGGUGAAACUCGGGCGAAGCAGUGACAUUUGGUCUCUCGGUAUCAUCCUGUACCAGAUGGUGUACAAACGGACGCCGUUUUCGCAUUUGAAUCCGAUGCAGCGGAUUCUCACCAUCUCCGACCCGCGCACGGUGAUCGACUUUCCGGAGUGCCCCCGAUUGGCCCACGACCCGGACACCUGGGAGAAGCUACAGGACAGCAUUCGCCGCUGUCUGGAGCGCGAAUCCAUGGACCGCGCCACCCUCCCGGAACUGCUCGCCCACCCCUUCCUCGAGCGGAAGAGCCUGCCGGACCUGCAGAAGUCGAGUUUUCAGACCGUGUUCGGGGAAAAGUUUUUGAAACUGAUGCACGAGCAGAUGCUCAAAGAGCUCGCGGGCGAGAACAUGAUUCCCUCUACGACCACGGAGGAAAGCUCGGAAACCGCCGCUGCAGCCGUCUGCGACGCCGUGUGGGCUGAGUUGUCGGAAGCGACCUCCAGUAAUGCUGCCAGCGCUAGCACAUCCUCGAGCUCGUCCUCGUCGAGCAGUAAGCCAGGAUCUACUAGUACUGCGGACGCAACGCGCGGAGCGGUCAUCCGGUGGGUGCGCAGCUUGAAGCUCUCAGACCAAUUGUCUCAGCAGCACAUCAGCGAGAGAAGUGCUAGUAGUACGCUAUCCUCGUCCUCGCGUGGACUCCUGGGUGGAGCAGCUAGUAGUACCUCUAGCAGUAGUUUGUUUGCAGUAGACGGUAACAUCAACUCCACGGACACGGCAAAGCGCCGGCGGAUUGGGGAGCUCGGAGUUGUUGGUGGACUCUCUUCCGAGACCGGUAGCGGAUCGCAGCAGGCGGGGUUUGGAGACAUGCUGCAAACAAACGCAAGUAACCAGGCGGGUUCCAUGGCGGCCCCCGCCGCACCGCCACCGUCGAUGCGACCACCCGCCAUACCGCCCGAGGGCCGUUCCUUCAGCAGGUUUCAGCCUGCCCGGAGCAACAACGCUAUGGCGGCCAGGCUGCAGCAGCGAUACAACAGCCUGAACCAAGGUGCCGGUGGCUUUGGCUGAGUGUUGGUCUUGCAAUUCACUGAAUCAGAGAUACAUCAUCCGCUCCUUCCUCUUAGUACUUGACUCCUUGUCUGUGUGAUUGGAAAAAUAGCGUCAGGACUCUUCAGGUCCUUCAACCAAACAAAAAGUCGGUAGCUUCUGUGUGUGAUAUGGUCUGUGCCUGCAUAUAAUACGCGCAGCUCUCCACCACGUCCGUAGAAGCACGUCGCAGGUCGUGUCCUGGUCGAGCCUGCCGGAAGAUUUCAAGUGAUGAAAUUUUCAUGGCGUUCGCUUGAUAGGCAUAAACAGAAUUAUCUCCGUGCAGAUACCUUUGUCAUUUCUUCACUGCAGCAAGUUUAAAGUAGGUAUCAAAAAAAAUUAAGUUUUGAAGCUGGGUUCUGUAUGCACAUUGCACUUGCUCGUGUACCUAAAUUUCCGAUGUAGCGCUAUCGCAUGUAUUUACGCAAACUUUUCUACGUGGUGUUUAUGUUCAGAAACUGCUUCCGUGAUUGGUGUUUGUACAGAUCGACGUGAGAAUCAUUUUCGAGAAUAAAGUGUUUGUGUCCCCAACAGCUUCGAUGUGUAUGUGCGAUGUAAAAGCGUCACUGAUAGUACAAUACCCACG